AUGAGGUUUGCGGAAGGGAGGGGACCCAUAGUUUCUGGAAAAUGCAACAAAGUGGAAGAGUGUGAAAAUACACCAUUUUGCGAUGGAUGCCAAGUUUGUUCGUGUAUAGAACACACUUGUGGUUGCGCUCCAACUUGUUGUGAUGCUAAUACUAGUGAUAACAAUGUCAUCGCUACUACUAGUACUCUACCUCAUACCAACAAUUCUUCAUCUCUAGUGCAUUGA